AUGGCUCCCAAAAAGGCAGAUGUCCCAACGGUCUCAAUCAAGCAGGUAGAAGAAUUUCCAGUGGACUCAAGCUUCUUUCAAGUGCAUGGCAAAGUAGUGGAGCUAGACAGCCCCACCGAGAGCAACAAGCCUUCUGUGCGUGAGCUUCCAUACGGCCACUUCUGCACGACGCAAGCGGUUUUGCAAGACAAGUCGGGAGCUAGAAUCACUGUGGAAGCCACUAGCAAAGACAGAAGCUUUGUGGAAACCGUCAGCAGCCAAUGCUCAAAGGGCAGCGUCAUUCUCUUGUACAGGCCGGUCGUGACUUCAUGCAGAUUCUCCCUCACAGAGCACCCGACUUCCCUCAAAAUCGAAGAAGGGCGCACUCUCAUCAGCGAGUCCGCUGAAUACAUCGACACAGUGGCCGAACUCCCUGCCAGCUUCGGCUCUCUGCAGCCCGGAGGGGUACAUAAGCUGGAAGGCCUUUUAAUCUACAAGAGUCGCGUGUCAACGCCCGCUACUUCCAAGGGUGACCGCGACGUCCGCAAAAUCAUCAUCAAAGACAAGCAAGGUAUCAUGGGCAGCAUCGCAAUUUGGGGGACCAUGGCCCACCUCCCGACGCUCAAGAAGCUGAAAGUCCGCGCUGACGUCAUCAACAUCACCGGCGUCCAGUACGACGCGGAUCAGGGCUGCAGCAGCACCAGAACCACCACCAUCACAACCAGCGGCGCUUCGGCAGCGAGCAUAGCCGGAAUUGGGCUUACGUACAAGACCUCAAGCGAAGACAAGAUCCUGCCGUGGUCGCGUGUGGUGCAGACACUUGCAGGUAGCAGGUGGACGGCGGCGACCGUGCUGGCGAGCUUCAUCAACUUCACGAAAGUGGACUCCAUCGCGUACGGAUGCUACGACUGCAACGGGACAGCCAGCCGCAACCCUGUCACGCAGGAACUCUUCUGCGACCAGGGCUGCAAAGCGGGGCCGCUCGACGACGCGUGCGUGGAAGUCACCGUUACGGUUGACAUCCGCAUCGACGCCGGACCGGACAGUCUGUCCGUAAAAAUAUGGCCCAGCGAUUUCGCCCUCGUCACCGGUACGCACAUCGAGAGCUUCUGUGUGAAACCACCGAGCGACCAACUGGAAAACCUCAACACGCGCCUCAAGAACCGCAGCUUCGCGAUACAUAUGCGCAUCCGCGAGAACCCCAACACGCGGUUCAGUCAGUUCCAAGCAAACAUAAUCAGUCUCGAGCUGCCGCCGCAGAUAGGCUUCUUCAAUAAGAGAUGUAAGAUCGAGUGA